UGGCCGCGGCGGGUGUGCUGCCCCCCGCGGACCUGCCCCCCCGGCUGGAGGCGCUGGCGGCUGCCCGGCGGGCGGUCCGCGGCUGGCUGGAGGUGGCGCCGCUGCUGGCGGGGCGGGGGGCGCUGCUGCGGGGGCCGCCGAGGGAGCUGGAGGAGCACUUGUUCGCGGCGUGGAGGGGCAAGCGGGACGUCAAGCGGUUCGUUGCCGCCGCUGCGGACGUGUUGCGGCUGCUGGUGGGCUGGGGUGUGCACCCGCGGCCGCAGCUGCUGGGGCGGCAGCUGGCGGCGCUGAGGUGGCUGGAGGCGCGCUGGCGGCCCGCGGAGCUGGUCACGUGGCCCGGGGGGGGCGGCGGUGAA